CCUCUGAAUUGUAGUGGAGUAUAACUAUAAAGUUGUGGUAUGAAAAGUAAAUACUCAGAUACAGUGGUUCCUCAAAAUUUUACAGUAUUUUAGUAAAUGUAGGCUCAUGUUGAUUUCCGAUUUCCGAAUUACCGAGUUUCGAGAACUACCUUAUAUAGUUGCUCUGCUGUGUAGUCGCAAUAUUUCCGACAGCACUUAAAUGCACCAACAAACACACUUCGGACAGCGAAGCGGUGAAGAACCACCGAAGGAAUCCAGAAGAGUUACAAGUGCCAAGUUGACAAACCGUAAAGAAGGAGGAGUAACGAGCUCGUUUUUUUAGACAAGGUGGGUUAACUGUAAGUAUUGACUCCCUAGAUAAGUAUCUCUCUCCCUUUUCCCUCUCAACAUAAGUUAGUUGUUUGAGUUGUGGAGUUAAGUAGCUAGCUAGUUAACAGGAAAGCGGAACUAGCAAGCUAGCACAUUAGCUGGGUUACCGAGUUGCCCGCGGUUCCUGCCUGUUUACGAUCCGUACAACCCUACUGCAAUUUUUCAGACAAUGCCGCAGAAUAUCGAGCUCGGUGCCACGGGGGGAGCCUCCAAUACAAACAGCAGAAACAUGGAAGACAUGACUGUGGAGCAGAUGACCAUGAAGGCCAACCAAGUGACGGAUGAGUCACUGGAAAGCACCCGGAGGAUGCUGCAGAUGGCAGAGGAGAGCAAACAGACUGGCGCCAACACCAUGGUGAUGUUGGAGCAGCAAGGAGAGCAGCUGAGACAUGUGGACGAGGGAUUGGACAAGAUCAACCAGGAUAUGAGACAGGCUGAGAAAAACCUGACAGACCUCUCCAAGUGCUGCGGCCUCUGUGUCUGCCCCUGUAACAGGGUGUCGUCUAUCGAGCAUGACUCACAAUACAAACGUACCUGGGGUAUCAGAGGAGCUGACGGGGAAGUCGACUCCAAUGGCUCAAACGUAGUCUCUAAGCAGCCCUCAGGUGUUGGCAAUGGCCAGGCUGGCCAGGUGAACUCGGCGCCUUCAGGCCCCUACAUCAAGAGGAUAACCAACGAUGCACGCGAAGAUGAAAUGGAGGAGAAUCUGGACGCGGUGGGCAGCAUCGUUGGCAAUCUGAAAAAUAUGGCUAUGGAAAUGGGCAAUGAGAUAGACCAGCAGAACAAACAUAUUGACAGCAUCACUGGCAAGGCGGAAAUGAACAGGCUUCGUAUUGAUGAAGCAAACCAGAGAGCCAACAAGCUCCUCAAGUAGACAAGGAACCCUGCUUCUGCCAGUUUUAUCUAUCAACCUUGAGCCUCUGUCGCCACACUCAUACACACACUGCAUACACAUGCACAAACACAUGCACAGCUCUUUAACAUAAAAAAAA